AAGCACGAUCUGCAUGCUGAUUGUAUGUGUAGAACGGAGAUGUUCCAACACUGGUACGAUCUGUUACACAGGGAAGGAGCAUACAUCACGAUUGUGGAGGACAAGAUGGGUCGGACUGCGAUGGGUGGGCCGUUGACGUACUUCACGUAUCCGUCACAGAUACGGAGGCAUGUUUACGGAUACUUCUUUGGGCCAAGAUACGCGAAUGUGUUCUUGUGUCAGAAGACCGAGUUGUUGGAGCAGGUUGCCAAGCUCGCAGACGAGAAAGGGGUGCAAGUGGUUCUACAGCAUGUGAUUAAGGGUACACUGGACGAAGAGGGGCACAAAAAGCAUGGGAUAAGGUUAACAGAUACAUGGUGGAGGGGAGCGUGCGCUGGAAGAUUGUUGUUAGCAUU